AUGUUUAGCACUCUUCAACCCUCAUUGAAGGAUUUGACCACCCUAGUCGAAAAGAAUAAGGUGGACAAGGAGGCCCCAAACUUGUACCCAAUCUACAAGUUCGUUGCCAAUGAAGACUUGACAGUACAUCUGGCCUACUUGAGGUUGGCUGACUUGAACAACAAGGACAGACCAGAGUCAUUUUUGUUCGAGUCGUCUGUCAAUGGUGAUUCUGUCGAUAGGUACUCUUUCAUCGGCAUUAAGCCCAGAAAAAUCAUCAGGACGGGAGACGAUGAGUCAAAGUACCCUCCUGAGUUAAACAAUAUCGAUCCUCUUGUUAUUUUGGAGAAGGAGUUAAAGCAGUAUAGACAGGCGCAGUUACCAGGGUUGCCUCCGUUGAAGGGAGGUGCUGUUGGGUACAUUUCGUACGAUUGCGUGAAAUACUUUGAGCCAAAGACCAGAAGACCGUUGAAGGACGUUUUGCAGGUUCCCGAGGCGGUGUUGAUGCUCUGCGACCUAAUAGUUGUUUUCGACCAUGUUUACCAAAGAUUCCAAAUCAUCAAUAAUGUGAGGGUCGAAGAGGGAGCUAAUUUGGCUGAAGUGUAUGCCAAAGCAGAAAAGGAAAUUAUGGACAUCCAGGCAAAGUUGCAGGAACACAAGUCUUUGGAGGAACUCAAUCCAUAUCAGCCUCCAAUCAAGCCAGACCAGACGUUCACGUCCAAUAUUGGUCAAACAGGAUACGAGCAGCAUGUUUCAACUCUCAAAAAGCACAUCAAAUUGGGCGAUAUCAUUCAGGCCGUGCCCUCUCAGCGAGUGGCCAGACCAACUUCUUUGCACCCAUUCAACAUUUAUCGUCACUUGAGAACGGUGAACCCAUCUCCGUACUUAUUCUACAUUGACUUGAAAGACUUCCAGAUCAUUGGUGCUUCUCCAGAGUUACUUGUGAAGUCAGACCAAAAAGAUAGAAUUGUGACGCAUCCAAUUGCAGGUACCAUUCAAAGAGGCAAGACCAACGAGGAGGAUGAAAAAAACGCUCAAAUCUUGAGAUCCUCUUUAAAAGACAGAGCCGAGCACAUCAUGUUGGUGGACUUGGCAAGAAACGACGUCAACCGUGUUUGCACCCCGGAGUCCAACUCUGUGGACCGUCUUUUGACCAUCCAGCGUUUCUCUCACGUCAUGCAUCUUGUGUCUGAGGUCAGCGGAACCUUACGUGAAGGGAAAACCCGUUUUGAUGCUUUUAGAUCAAUCUUCCCUGCGGGAACUGUCAGUGGAGCGCCCAAAGUAAGAGCAAUGGAGCUUAUUGGAGAGUUGGAGAAAGAGAAAAGAGGUGUUUACGCUGGAGCGGUGGGACACUGGGGCUAUGAUGGCAAGACAAUGGACACGUGCAUUGCGUUGAGGACGAUGGUGUACAAGGACGGCGUUGCUUACUUGCAAGCUGGUGGAGGCAUUGUGUUCGACAGUGACGAGACAGACGAGUACGAAGAGACGAUGAACAAAAUGAGAGCCAACAAUAACACCAUUGUGGAGGCAGAGAAGAUCUGGCUUCAAAAGGUUGGCAGCGAGUAG